AUGGCCAGAGAGGAGAGACACGAGGAGGAUGGAGGGAGGACCGUUUCAGACCCCCCUCCCCUCCACCCAUCGUCCAUUACUCAGACCACGAGUGUAGCCAGCUGGGGGACAAGAUCAAAGGUGGGGCUCAAUUUCCCAGGGCCUACACACAUGCAGUACACACAAACCAAAUAGAGAUAUAGAAACGUUUGCACACACACAGCACACAGACACAUGCAUGUUCUCACAUACACACACAGUACAGAGAGACACGCAGAGAAUGAAAACACACACAAGGACACACACAGAAUACAAAACUCAUACUUGAUCAAGCUGAUCAACCAGUACACAAUGUACAGUGUUCCACUGUGGUCCUCCUCUGGGUUUAGUUUGGUUUGGUUGACAAAUCCUCCUGACACACUGCAAAGCUUGAUGUUGUCUAUCCGUCUGAGUAUGAAUCUGUCUCUGGGUUUAAAGAAGCUGUAGACUCAAAAGCCCCGUCUGCCCAGUCUACUGCGAGAUUGUCAUUUUUUCUACUUCCCCAGAGUCAGAUGAACUCAUGGAUACCAUUUGUAUGUCUCCGCGUGUAGUAUGAAGGAAGUUUGAGGUAGUUUCGAGAGACAAUACUAAGUAGAAAAACGUCUUAAUUGCAUAGAAUCUCGCAGUAUCCCUUUAAACUGUUUCAUUAUGUGCAUUCGUGUGUUCGUGCUUGUGUAUUUAUAUACAGUACUUAAAGAUGGAGAGUGUAAAGCACUUCCCCCACUACUGUAAUCUGCUGAAGUACAUAAAUAUCCCCUUCCACCAAUUGUACCACUUAAAGACUUCUGAAUGUGAGGAUUCCUGUGGAAAGAAGCUCAACAUCAUGUUUUUUGAAUUAGUGAUGAGGUUAGCAGACAGUUAGCCUCACUGCUAUCUUAGCCCAAACACCUUGAGACGUUCUCCAUUAACUGCUACACAGAGCAGUGUUGUUUUAACUGACUAACUCAUGAAUGUGGCUUCUCUACUUUCAGUUUAGCUGAGAAGCUGCUAGAUGUGAAAAUGAGGUGGACUGCCAGGCAGCAUGUUUUAGUAUCCACACAUCUCUUCAACACAUCCCUGUGCUUUUACUGUAUGUGGGUGUUGUGAGUCUUAGGGACCUCAUCUUAGGGGUAAAAGUACAAAUAAACGAUCACUGGAACUAAGCAGCCUGAACCAUGAAAAACUGCCCCAGACCAUUAUUCCUCCUUCACCAAACUUUACAGUUGGCACUACGCAUUGGGGCAGGUACUGUUUUCCUGGCAUUCGCAAAAACCCAGAUUAGUCCAUUGGACUGCCAGAUGGUGAAGCGUGAUUCAUCACUCCAGAGAACGCGUUUCCUCUGCUCCAGAGUCCAAUGGUGGCGAGCUUUACACCACUCCAGCCGACGCUUGGCAUUGUGCAUGGUGAUCUUAGGCUUGUGUGCGGCUGCUCGGCCAUGGAAACCCAUUUCAUGAAGCUCCCGACGAACAGUUAUUGUGCUGACGUUGCUUCCAGAGGCAGUUUGGAACUCGGUAGUGAGUCUUGCAACCGAGGACAGACUAUGUUUACGCGCUUCAGCAGUCACGUUCUGUGAGCUUGUGUGGCCUACCACUUCGCGGCUGAGCCGUUGUUGCUCCUAAACAUUUCCACUUGACAAUAACAGCACUUACAAUUGACCGGGGCAGUUCUAGCAGAGGAGCAAUUUGACGAACUGACUUGUUGGAAAGGUGUCAUCCUAUGACGGUGCCACGUUGAGAAACUGAGCUCUUCAUUAAGGCCAUUCUACUGCCAAUAUUUGUUAAUGGAGAUUGCAUGGCUGUGUGCUCGUUUUUAUACACCUGUCAGCAACGGGUGUGGCUGAAUUUCAAAGUAUGCGGCGUCCGUCUCGCAACAGAGCCUUCAACCGCAAGGGGGCGUUGCGUUGUCACUCCGUUGUGGACGUCUCCAUUGAAAUCCAUAACAUCCGGCGCAACGUAAAACAGAGUGCUUAUGGGUAAUGUGAACGAGGACAUCACCAGUGUCAUUAACAAUGAAAAUCAAUAACACUCGUCUCUUCACAUCACCUUAUCAGUCUACAACCCAAAACAUGAAUAAUGCAAAACAACCGAUGUUGUUCAUACAAAGGCAUUUGAAACAUGAUAGUCACAUCGCUACCAUCCACUGCCCUCUAGUUAACAUUCAGAGCAGUACUGUAGAAGAGCCGGAGCCUGUGGUACCGUUUAGAAUACAUUUUAGGGAUUUUAUUAAAGAUAUCAAUAUUCUCUCCACUCCUCCCUCUCCUUCGUUCCUCUCCUCUCCUGCUAUCAGCUUUGGGCUGAAUGAAUGAACUUGUUUCUCUAAUGAGCUGUGACAAAUCAAGGUCUCCACUGAAAUGGGUUGUUCGCCAAAAGGUGUGACUUCCUGCUUCUCUGCCAUCUCUGUGGCGCCUCUCUUCUCAGUUCUCUGUCAGGCCAUGAUAAAUAGGACAGAAUAACUUUCAAACCAGAGAUCCUAUUGAAUUAAUUGUUAUUUAAUUAAUAAAUGUAUGUUCUAAUUCCUAACUAUGUUUCAAACCACAAAUGGAUUCAUAUCCCUAAACCCCUAACCCUUACCCUAACAUGACAUUUAUUUUAGCCACUAAUCAUAACCUUACCCCUAACAAACCACUGACCUUAACCUUGAGUCUUACCCUAACCCUCUCCUCAGAUGAGGCAGAGUUUGCGGAGGCGGUGCACGUGCUGCUGACCUGGGUGGAACGCGGUGAGGUGAACCGUCGUAACGCCAACAACUUCUACUCCAUGAUCCAGUCGUCCAACAGCCACAUCCGCCAGCUGAUGAGUCAGAAGGCCGCCCACGAGAAGGAGUUGGAGGCGGCCAAGGACAAGUUCAAGACCGCCCUGUCUGGCAUCCUGGCACAAUGUGAGUAAACACCAGGCUGACACACACAAACACACAGAGAACCAUGUCUCACACAACAGGGCCAGGGUCAAAAUCUAACCACUCGUUCCGUUCCCUUUGAGGCAACAUCACAUUGUCCCUCUAAACGUUCCCUACCCUCAAGUGCUAAAGGCCAGUGAUGGCAGCAAUAACACUGAACAGGUUAUUUAGGGAGCUGUUAACUACCUCUCUUAGCCUGUCAUCAUUAGGCCCAGAGUGGCCACUUCUCUAUCUCUUCUAGAUUCGUCUCUCUAUAUACGGUCUUUGUACGGUAUCGUCUGGCUCUCUCGCUCUCGCCUCUCUCUCUGCGCUCUCUCCUUUCUCUCGAUCUCUCUCUCUCUCUCCUCUCUCUCUCCUCUCUCUCUCUCUCUCUCUCUCUCGUCUCUCUACUCUCCCUCUCUCUCUCUCCUCUCUCUCUCUCUCGCUCUCGCUUUUCCUUCCCGUCUAUGUCUCUCCUAGUGAUUGACACCUCUAACACCUCUGUCUGAGGAGAGCAACUGUCAGCAGAUUAACUAAUGAGGCUUUUAGGUACUGGUGCUGAACUCACUGUAGACUCGUGUAAAGCUGACCCUGGAUCAGUCAGAACUAUUAGACUACCUGGGUCAGGUAGGGACAUUCAGAUAGUACCAGUACCUGGGUCUGCCAGAGACGUUCAGAUAGUACCUGGGUCUGCCAGAGACAUUCAAAUAGUACCAGUACCUGGGUCAGCCAGAGAUAUUCAGAUAGUACCUGGGUCUGCCAGAGAUAUUCAGAUAGUACCAGUACCUGGGUCAGCCAGAGAUAUUCUGAUAGUAUCAUCCACAAAGUCCCAGUGCAUAUUAAUAUUAAUUAAUAUUAAUAUGCCAUUUAGCAGACGCUUUUAUCCAAAGCGACUUACAGUCAUGCGUGCAUACAUUUUUUUGUGUAUGGGUGGUCCCGGGGAUCGAACCCAUUACCUUGGCGUUACAAGCGCCGUGCUCUACCAGCUGAGCUACAGAGGACCACAUAUCCCAUCAAUAUUCCCAUUUUGAGUGCCAACUAGGGAACUCCUGUGUCAUGUCGCCUCUCUAUUUAUCUUGAGGCCGGGACUACCUUGGGGCAUGUUGGUAGUCUACAGACGUAACUCUUGUCUGUCAGCUGUUCAGCUUUACCUCCUGUACAUCAGGAGACAACAUCCCAAAGGGAAAAAACAUAGUUUUAUAAACCUGCUUCAACUUGCGCUGUGGCAGCCUCUCUGUAUCUCACAGCUGUGACAGACACUAAUAACAAAGAUAUAAUACAACUGUGUCACUCACAUCCACCUGGGGGGAAUAGAGAGAUACAUGUCUGAGGUUGCAGGAAACCUGUGAUGGGUGGAGCUACCUUGCAAAAGGGCUAUUUAAAGUCACUCGAGUGAUCAUUGAAUGGCGAUGAUCUGUCAUUGGGCCUUUGUGAAAUAUUGAUAGCACAUACAGUAACUUUUUGUACUAAGUACUCUUUCUAUUUCAUGAAACCUCAGCUUCAGUGACUCAUGCUUCAGUGACACUUGAAUAUGAUUGACACCAACACAAUCGCCACACAGACAGAACACUCGCCACAGACAUAACAAUCGCCACAGAUAAUAACGCACACAACAAAGAAACACCUUUGAUUUAACAACCCUUUAGCCAUUUCUCACAAAAAGCAUGCUAUUGUAUACCUCUUGUGUGUUGAACUAGUAUUUAGGAUCAAUGUUUUUUGAUGAUACAGAAGGUAAGUUUGUUUUUGGCCCCACAAAUACAGUAUCUAGGGCUGCAUGUAGAAAUAGUCCAGUGUGAUAGGUUCCCCAAUGGUUGUGUUACAUAGUUAAAGAGCCAGUUAAAGAGCUAUCUCUAGGGGGCGCUAUAAAGGUUAGCGCCCCACAAACUCCUGUAGUUAACUUUAGCCUGUAUUGGUCUGUGGACAGCUGAUCUGAAGGAACCCACUCAGCCAUAGAAUCAAAGUAAGUAACACCUCUCUACAUGAAAACAACUGGAACUGAAGGGAAGAAAUGAAAUGAGUCAUAUUGAUGAUUGUAAAGGCCAAAAGGGGAAAUGUAGAGCUGAUCUGAUUCACAACUGCCAAUGCUAAGAGCAUGUAUGAGUUCAGAUAACUUUGGUAAUACUCCACCCACAGUAGUGUGCAUACUGAGUAGUGUGUUAGUAUGGAUAGUAUGGGGCGGCAGGUAGCUUAGUGGUUAAGAGCGUUGUGCCAGUAACCGAAAGGUUGCUGGUUCUAAUCCCCGAGCCGACUAGGUGAAAAAUCUGUCGAUGUGCCCUUGAGCAAGGCACUUAACCCUAAUUGCUCAUGUAAGUCGCUCUGGAUAAGAGCGUCUGCUAAAUGAUUAAAAUGUAAAAUGUAAAAAUGAUAUUGGGAUGCACAACAUAAUUGGUUCCUGUUUAUACAGUAAUACAAAUAUUAGAAAGAACAAAGUGGGUCUUUCUCUCUCUCUCUCCCUCUCUCUCUCUCGCUCUUUCUUUCUCUUUUUCUCUCUCUCUCCCUCCAUGUUUCUCGUUGUCUUUUAAAGGCCACCAUCCUCCAUCACAAUAAUCAACACAAACACUUAGUGUUAUUCAUGAGUUUGUAUUUCUCUGCGGUUCCACACAUACAAAUGUAAACACAGAGUUUGGUGUCCUGGGAGGCAGGCAGGUGUUCACACUGUCGUUCUGUCAACAAAAGGUGUCCCGGGAGGCAGGUUCACACUGUCGUUCUGUCAACAAAAGGUGUCCUGGGAGGCAGGUUCACACUGUCGUUCUGUCAACAAAAGCCACAUCCAUAUUUACCAGGCUUUAGGCUUUUUCACAGCUGCACAUUAUAUUAUGAGUUGUUGAAUAGUUAUAUAUCGCUAUGUUAUGUGUGAGUACUCUGUCUGGACAAUCUGUGAUUAUGUGAUGCUGCAUUAUAUCAACAGGUAGGUAAAUAAGUAAUUCUGACACGCUCACACACACACUAAUUAUGAUAACGAAAAGUCUGUUAUAAGACAAUUAGCACAUUCUCUUAUCUACAUUUACAUUUACGUCAUUUAGCAGACGCUCUUAUCCAGAGUGACUUACAAAUAGGUGAAUUCACCUUAUAGCCAGUGGGAUCACCACUUUACAAUGUUUUUUUUUGUUUGUUUUUGGGUUGGGGUUGGGGUAAGGGGGGGGUAGAAGGAUUACUUUAUCCUAUCCCAGGUAUUCCUUAAAGAGGUGGGGUUUCAAAUGUCUCCGGAAGGUGGUGAGUGACUCCGCUGUCCUGGCGUCGUGAGGGAGCUUGUUCCACCAUUGGGGUGCCAGAGCAGCGAACAGUUUUGAUCCUUUCUCCCUGCUCUGGGUUCACACACUGAGGUGUUUUGGUAACUAAUCUGGGGGUGGUUAAGACAAGGCUUUGCUGUCAAUCGCAGGUGUGGUUAGGAUGGAGUGAUGACCAGACAAGUGUCUUCCAGCAGCUCUCCUCUAAUCCUCCAGCCUUGAGCGCUGAAUCAAAGUUGGACACCCUCUCGCUCUUUCUUAAUAUCUCUCUUCUCUUCCUCAGGGAUAAGACCACCCACCAUCUCUCAUCCCAAAGUCACUCAGCAAGGAGACUCUAGAUUCCCUCUUUCAAGUCUGAUCGGAUUUCUCACUUUCUGAAGGGUCUUUAUUAAUGAGUGGUCAUUAGCGAUACCUCCUAUCUAAUGGUAUACAGAGAUAUUAAGAUCAGCGCUCCUAUCUAACCAACAGUGAGGACAGUAAUGAAGAAAGCCAAGUUGGUCCCAAAUGGCACCCUGCUCCCUAUAUAGUGCACUACUUUAGACCAGAGCCCUAUGGACACAAUAUAGGGAAUAGGGUCUCAUUUCACAAGCAGCCCCAGUCUCAGAUAGAAACAUGCUUUUCCUUCAUUAGGUCUCAACUCUACACUCUUUACACAGAGGCAGCCUUUGAUUAUGCCAUUCCAAGCAUCUGAGUGUCGAUGAAGGUGAGAAGUGUUGUGGUCAUUAAAAACAGGAGAGGUUUUAGAGGAAAAGAGGGUUUCAGUUAGAGGUAGAUACUUUGAUCUCUUUAUAAGAUGGCCUCUAUGUCCCUCUUAGAGAAUUCCCUUGUUCUACUGUCAGUCUCUACUGAGAGUCUAUGUCCCUGUGGAGGAGAGGAGAGGAGGAGGAGGAGGUGUGUGUGUGCGCUUGCCCAUUGUCUGGGGGGUGUGAGGGGAGCAGGAGCCUGCAGGUAGCAGUCUGGUCCUCUUGUUGCUUUCAGCACCGUCUUCUGUUGUAGGACGGGCGCUCUGUGGUCACCUUGAGAGGGGUAGGGUCCUUCUCCACCUCACCCCACCUCCCCCACUCUAGACACUGACCCAGAACAGACUGUACUAUAGAGCAGAAUAGAACAUUAAAAACACAUCAACAUUAACAUACAGUAAAGUGCUUUCCUACCUGAUUCCACUUUCUCACUCCUCUGCUCCUUCCCACCCGCCCCCUCUCUCUCUGGACGGUAAACUGGCCCCUGCAUCCCCCGCCACAGUUGAGCAGAUUGUGUCUGUAUUCCACGCUGCUUCCAAACAAAAGGCAUGGGACCAUUUCUCCAAAGCUCAACGCAAGAACCUGGACGUGUGGCGCAAGCAAGCAGAGGUUGGUCCUUUACUUUUUCUACACUUAUUCACAUCUUCUAUUCAUUUGGUGAAGUGCAGUAUAGUCUACAUAUUAUUGUGUCCUUUAUGUGAGCAUUAUGUGAGCAUCCCCAUCUCUCCAGUAUUCCGGCUUCUAACUACUUUUUGUGGAAUUCAUGGUGUCGUCUUGGCAGGAUGA